AUGGCUUUCCAAAAUCGAGUAUUAUUAUAUACUACGAUUAGUUUAUUAGUUGUCACCGCUGCCUUAUACAUCUCGGCAAAUGCUUUACCAAUAUGGAUAACAGCAUCUAUCGAAUCAUCUACAUACACAUAUGGAUUAUGGAAAGUAUGUAACACUGUAGAAGGUACGAAAAUUUGUCUAAAUGCACCAUUGAAGACAGAUAGUGAAACAAUGUCAAUGCGUGCAUUUAUAAUCAUUUGUUGUAUUUUAUCACCAUUAUCUGUUGUAUCGAUUUUAUCGAUUUUAUAUAAUGAAGAUCUAAAGAAGAAAAUGUUUUUUUGGGCAAAAUGUCUUGCUGUCACAACUCUUAUUAGUGGAAUUAUUGGUGUUGCUAUUGGAAUUAAUGAAGUUGUCAAAAGUAAAGAUCGUGGUGGAAAAAUGGGUGUAUCGUGUAUUUUGGCAAUUACUGCACUGAUCUUGAAUUUAGCUGGUGCUGUUACAACAUUUUUUCUUGAAUAA